ACUACAGAUAUCAACAUGCCGACAGCGGGGAGGCAGGGAAAGUCAGGGAAGGGGCAGAGAACAGGCGCUGCCAAAAACCCUCGGGAGCAGUGGAUUGAAGCCAUGAGGGGGAGGACAGGAGCUCUGACCGGUUGUAUCCGGAAUGGCGUGGACACAGGACGGCCGCCCAGCAGGAACGCAGCGACGGCGAGCUCCAGCCAGUACCUGAAGUCCGUGAUGACGGGAAGGACUUUGUCAUCUUACAAGGAGGUGCCCCUCACUCAGAAAUUGCCAUCAGGAACACCCGCUUACAAGCCUCAGGAAGACAUGUAUGAUGAAAUUAUUGACUUGAAAAAGACUGUAGUUCAGCAGAAAACAGAGAACGAUACUCUGAAGUCGCGGGUGGGUCGGUUAGAGGAAGCAAACAAAGCAAAGGAGAAGCAAAUAGAGCAGUUACUGGACCCCACAAAGAGUAAUGCCUUAAAAGCUGCAGUGUACAACAGCAAACCAGACAGCACUACGAUGGUGAACAAUCAAAAGCAGAGAAUAUUAAAACUAGAACAGACCAUCAGAGAACGGGACAACACAAUCAGUGCCAUGAAAGAUGACAUGAGAGCCACCCGGCUGCAGGAGUUGGAAAUGCAGGCUGACAUUUACUUUCAGGAGAUGCAGAGAUUACAAGCUGCACCACAGUCUUCAAAGGAAAGACCCCCAUCCAAAGAGUCCAGUGCUAAGGUGAAGGCCCUAAACGACACCAUCCUGAGGCUGACAGAUGCUAACCAGCGGCUGCAGGCAGAGAACAAGGGCCUGCGGCAGGACCUGGACAAGGCUAUGGACGGGGACAGGAAGGAACUCCUGGAUAAGAUCAAGAAACUGGAACAGGACAGAUCAGCCAUGGGGUCCCAGGCUUCUCUGGUUUCUUCAAAAGCAGAUGACAAAAAAGAUAAUGAGGACUACAAGAAGGAGAGAGACAAGCUGAAGUCUACUGUCCACAGACUGAAGGAGGAUCGCAACUUUUACAGGAACCAAGCCCAGGAGAAGGAGAAAGAGGUAGAGGACCUGAAUGCAGAAGUGGCUCGUCUUCGUGAGAAGCUCAUCAAGGUGAAACAGGAGAGGCUGGCGCGGGAGAGAGAAGAGCGGGAGGCUAAACAGCAGGACUCUGCAGCACGCAGCAUACAGAAAAACUGGAGAGGUCACCGAGCCAGAGAGGAGGGGAGACAGAUGAGGAAACGCCUGGCCGCUGAGAGGGACGAGGAGACACAACAGGAGAAGGAACGAGAGAGGAAGAGAAGGGAGAGAGAAGAACAAGAGAGACAGGAACAGGACAUGGCUGCUGCCAAGAUACAGAAGAACUGGAGAAAGCACAAAACAUCGCGUCAGAAAGAAGAGGAGCUUAAUCAGGCUACUGAGCUGAUCCAGUCCAGCGUACGCGGACACUUCACACGGCAGAGACAGCUGGGGGAGGAGGAGACAGAAACGGAGAGCGAGGAGGCGUCCAGUAGUGACAUGGAGUCUGCUGCCACACGGGUGCAGUCCUCUGUACGCGGGCACUGGGCGCGCUCAGACCAGCUACAGGACAAGGAGAGGAGCCCGCGCAGGAAGAGUCUGGAUCGUGACGAGGCGGCCAUGUUGAUCCAGUCAUCAGUCCGUGGACACUGGGGCAGGCAGGGCAUCAUGGGGAAAGAGGUUGGCAGUAAGAGUGACAUGGACACCACCACUGCUGAUGACAGCAGUGACGAGGAUGAUGUGGUAGUCUCACGACCCUCUAGCAGACCCUCCAGUAGACCGCCAAGCAGACCCCCAAGUAGACCCUCCAGUAGAGGGAGUUUAAGAAGCACUGCCUCCGGUGACAGGUUGAGGGACCCACCGGUUCCUAGCCGGUCAUCCGCUGGGUCUCGCACCUCAGGGUCAGCUGCUGACGUCCGUACUGCCUCCCCCAGUAACGACAGCGACUCUGAUUCUGACGACGUCGUCAUGCCCACCAUCCGUAGACCCACCCCUGCUCCCAGAAGAAUCAUGGAGGUGGAGUGACGUCACGUGCAAUAAGCAAUGUUUCCCCUCAUCUUUGCACUGCUGCUGUCUUAGGCAUAGGGAAAAAAAUGUUGUGUUUCCUGUUUCAGUCCUGAAAAAAUUAGGGUUGGUAGGUAGGGAUUACGUUUUUUUUUCUUGU